UCUCCCUCUCCAUGCUCCUCUCGCGUCGCUGAGCCACAAAGCGGACUGUUGGCGCACGGCAGUGGCACAUCGCCGCUUCAGGGUGAAGAUGUUCGGCAGUCUGUGCGCCCGUAAGUUGGCUCGCCGUUCGCGGUCCGCGUUAAUAGCCGCGCUGACAGUGCUGCUGGUCCAAACGCUCAUCGUGUGGAACUUCAGCAGUCUGGACACGGGGGAAGAGCGCAAAGACAACGGCAGAGAGAAGAGGAACCGAAUCGGCAUCAACAAAGCCUACAGCGAGUACCCAAAGAGCGGCUUCCAGAGACAUCACCAGCCGCCUCUGGGCAAAGCAUCUAGUCGACACAAACAACAACCGGAUGGCUACCACUCGCACCGGCCCAAGGAGAAAGUCCGUGUGGACAGCAACAAUGAGAAUUCUGUUCCUAAAGACUUUGAGAAUAUAGACAACAGUAAUUUUGGAGCACGAUCCCAGACACAGAGACACAUGCCUGGCAAGCACAAACAAGGCCUGCUUCAGAAGGCCCACACACAGCAAAGCCUGAGCAAGAACUCCAAUGAGGUUAUUCAGUAUGCUCAGAAAAAAGGUGACUACAAUCAAACACGGACAGAGCUUCACCGGGGGGCCAAUCCGACACUCCGCCCACAGCAGACCCAGCAGCACAGGCACCCCCUCCAGCAGGCCAAGAGAUUGGCCACGCCCACUGCGGACAUCAAGUACGACCAGCCACCCAAAUGUGAGAUCAGCGGUAAAGAGGCCAUCUCUGCCCUCUCUCGUGCCAAGACCAAGGAGUGCCGGCAGCAGAUAGCUGAAGUUUAUUGCCGCCACAAAGAACGGCAGCUCAUGCCUGAGAAGGUCACCCGUUACUGCCCAUUAGAGGGCAAAGUUAAUAUGAAUGUCCAAUGGGAGGAGGACUCAAUGGAGACUGUGCCUGCAGUACCGGUACGGAUUGCCUUCAUGUUGGUGGUCCACGGACGGGCCUCUCGCCAGGUGCAGCGGCUCUUCAAGGCCAUAUACCACACCUCUCAUUUCUACUACAUCCAUGUGGAUAAGCGAUCCAACUACCUGCACAGGCAGAUGGUGGCUUUGGCCAACCAAUACCCCAAUGUCCGAGUCACAUCGUGGCGCAUGUCUACGAUAUGGGGUGGUGCCAGCCUACUCACCAUGUACCUGCAGAGCAUGAAGGACCUGUUGGCCAUGCGUGAUUGGCCCUGGGACUUUUUCAUCAACCUUAGUGCCGCUGAUUAUCCAAUCAGGACCAAUGAUCAGCUGGUGGCCUUCCUGUCCAAAUACAAAGACAUGAAUUUCAUCAAGUCUCAUGGGAGAGACAACACUCGCUUCAUCAGAAAACAGGGUUUGGACCGGCUUUUCUUUGAGUGUGACACCCAUAUGUGGCGACUCGGAGACAGAAAAAUUCCAGAAGGCAUUUCCGUGGAUGGAGGCUCUGACUGGUUUCUGCUCAAUCGAAUGUUCGUGGAGUACGUCAUCAACUCUCAAGACGAUCUGGUGACCAGCAUGAAGCGUUUCUACGCAUACACCCUCUUACCUGCGGAGUCGUUCUUCCACACAGUGUUGGAGAACAGUCCACACUGUGAAAGCAUGGUGGACAACAACCUCCGUAUCACUAACUGGAAUCGAAAACUGGGCUGUAAGUGUCAGUACAAGCACAUCGUAGACUGGUGCGGCUGCUCGCCCAAUGACUUCAAGCCCUCCGACCUGCCUCGUUUCCAGCAAACAACCAGGCCCACAUUCUUUGCGAGGAAGUUUGAAGCCAGUGUAAAUCAAGAGAUAGUGAACCAGCUGGAUGUCUUCCUGUUCGGGAGUAUGCCGCAGGGUAUGCCGGGUCUCAAGGCCUUCUGGGAGAAUGUUUUUGAUGAAGCCGAUGGGAUUCAAAGCCUGACCGAUGCGCACCUCACCCAUUACCAUGCCUUCGCUCGAUUGGGCUUGGCACGAGCUGCCAACUCCCUACAGGGUGACCAUAGUGACAGCAGAUGCAGGUAUUUUGCUAUGGGGCAUCCUGUGUCGGCCCACAUCUACUUCCUGUCUGAUGAGUUCCAGGGUUACCUUGUCAGGCAUCACGCCACCAACCUGGCAACCAGCAAACUGGAAACCCUGGAGACCUGGGUCAUGCCCAAGCAGUUCUUCAAGUUCACCAGUCCACCCAAUACUUUCAACCGACUACAGUUUGCAGAGAUUGGAACACACUGGGACGCCAAGGAAAGGAUAUUCCGGAACUUUGGGAAUCUAAUGGGACCCAUGGAUGAGCCUGUGGGAAUGCAGAAGUGGGGGAAAGGAUCAAAUGUCACUGUGACUGUGGUGUGGAUUGACCCCACCAACGUCAUUGCUGCCACUUAUGACAUCCUGAUCGACGCCAGUGCUGAAUUCACACACUACAGGCCUCCUCUGAAUCUGCCGCUGCGGCCGGGCAUGUGGACCGUACGUGUGCUGCACCACUGGAGUCCCGUGGCAGAGACACGCUUUCUGAUCACUCCCCUUACCCACCACAAGCACCUGCCAAUACGCCAAGAGGAUGCUUUGAGAAUGCACAACGGUCCGGCCAAGAACAGAUACAUGGAGCAGAGUUUCCAUGGCCUGAACCCCAUACUUAAUAUCCCGGUCCAUCUGGGCCAGGUGGAGGCUGCAGAGCACAACGCAGGGCUCACAGGGGCCGAACUGGAGCACUGGGUGGACAGUCUAGUGGGCGAGGUGUGGUCAGCUGUGGACGUGUGCUCCACAGGCCCCAGUGGCUGUCCAGUUAUGCAGACUUGCAGGGAAACAGCAUGGAGCUCCCUAAGCCCUGACCCAAAGUCCCAGCUAGGCCCACCCAGAGCCAACGGACGAAUCAGGUAGCAGCAUUCGCUGCUCUGAAGACUUGCCUUCUUUUACAGCAUUUUUUAGGUCAUUUUUUAUUUAUUUUCCAGCAUCGCUCGUGAAUAUGAGCAAAAUGCCCCAUUGUCCAACACAAGGCCAAGUGUGUGCUGGGAAGUUUUUGCAAAUUAUAAAUGUGCACCUUCUGGCUAUUUUAAACUCUGUGUGCUCUAGUGAUGCGAAUGCUGUCACGCUUCUCUAUUUUAUUUAUUUUGGUUACUGUGAUUGAAUCUUUGUUAAGUGAACGCAGCAGAUGAUGCUGCUGAUGAAUGCUGGAAUUGGGAUAUUAAGCACAGAACGGACUUUAACGCUGGUUGAAAGACCAAAAGGUAUGUUUGUGUAGUAUGCCUCUGUAUUUGAAAACACAAUCACUUAUAUCUACCUUAAAUAUAGAAUCAGUGUUUUUCAACCUAUACCUUAUUACAGUGUUUCUUAACUGGUUUUGCUUAAAACCCAGAUUUUACAUUGGAAAUCAAGCAGUGAUGUGUAUUUAAUGUAGUCUGGAUCAUGUAAUCUUUUACCUCACAGUUUGUUUUUUGUUUUUAGGUUUUGGAGAAUGUUGCAAUACCUGUCCAUGUUGGCAUAUGCCUAAUUUGGCUAGCUUAAACAAAGUGACAUAUGAAUUUGCACCAAAAUUCUGUAAAUUGUGAUUGGAAGCACAGCCUUUGAUGUCAACAACAAAAGACAUGCAAAGAAUUUUCACCUUUAGUUACAUUAUUUGCAUUAAGCACUGGUUUUGUUUUUUAUCCUGACCUUAUCAGUACAGAUCAACCCUGCUAAAAAGACCGGCUUAUCCAGCGUGCAGUUCCCAUGCUGGUCUAGGUUGGUUAAUGUUGGCUAGUGCAAUUCUGAUAAAGCUGGUUAAGCUAGUUGAAAACCAAAACACAACAUAAGCUGGUGACCAGCAAUGCUGGUCUUUACAGCAGGAAAAUGUGUCACAAUCGCCUAUUGAGAACUACUGCCUUAUUACAACCAUUAUUUUAGAUCAUAUAUAAUUGUCUUGAGCCCAACAUUGCAGGUUUCAGAAGUUUUGGAAAAAAUACUUAGCUUUGUCAGCCUUUCACUGGAUUGAAUGCAGUCAAGUAGGCAAUUAAAGUCUGUAAACCCCCUUAAAAAGUCUCCUUGUUUAAAAUGAAAAACUUGCAGGAACUUUGUAAUAAGUUAUGGUUGAAAAACAUCUGCUUUGAAUUAAUUUUGAGCUUUUGACAAGUAGAGGAGGUCCGGGCCACAUUGCCACAAUUCUUUAAGCAAGAGAGUCUGGAGUAGCAUGUGCUCUCAAGUCAGAGACUCUCUGAAGUGGCAAAUUAUUGACGUUUUCCCAAAUGAGCGUGCUGGCAAUCUGAGUUCUGUCUGUAUGCUGUUCCCCUGCAGGCUGCCAAAACUUGAAAUGGUAGGUGCCAGCUGUGCUGGCACACUGAGGAAAAUAUGGAAUUUCUCCGCUUUUUUAUUGUUUUGUAGUUUUUUCCUUUUCCCCUAAACAGAGGAACGGUUGAGGGUCGUAAGCUGGCUAUUUAUUCAUGUGUUUAUAUUAAUGAAAUAUUUUUUUUAGUCAAUGACUAAUGUCUAUAUGCUGUUUUUUGCAGCUCAUUCAAUACCUUUUGUAAACAAGCUGCCUUUAUUUACAAAGGCGAUCAUCCCAACCAUUUUAUUAUAAACACAAGAUGCGCUACUAAUAUGGGCGUUAGUAAAGACCCUUUCCGCCCCUCCACCUGAAGUCCAGCUGUUCACUUCAUAAAUGUUGAGCUCAUCGAGAAACUAGCUGGAUGAAUGAUCUUAAAUGACCUCAAAAACUGAGAUUCCAGUCAUGCUGCUUGCCAUUUCUGUAGUCUUUUUCUACAAGCCAAUGUUUGGUACUUUUAUCAUGUUUCCUUUAAAUAUUUUUUUGUGUGAACAAAGUAGGACAUGAGCUGGACUGGUUGGUAGCAUCCACACCAUGUCGACACUGGUUCCAAAAGUUCCUGAGCUCAGUACCUUGGAGGAGGCCUCAACUGAGUUACGUUUUCCAGAAUGGGCUGUCCGGAUUACUCGCACCCAUAAUAAUUAUAGGGUAGACUCUCGGAUCUGACUGUUGUGAUGUAUUUUUAAUGGGGAAGUUCACUUUUUUUAGUGAUUGCAAGCUUGCUGGACUAUGACGUUUGCGUUUGACCAACAUGUUCUCCAUUUUUACAAACCUUUUAUGUUUUACAUUGAAAAUGUAUGACUCCAUAUUUAAACUGGGCUGGUGUGGUUUGUUGCACUCUCUCGUUUGAGGAGCACAUCUCCUCUGGGACUGUGUAACCCUGGCCUGGUCAUUAUUUUCAGAUUGUUAUCUGGUCCUCAGAGAUUUGGUGUCCAGCCCAGGGUGCACCAACAGUGAAAUGUCAUUGUCGUCAUGUGAUCCAAAGGAGGCUGUGACCUGAAAUUUUUAAAUAAAGCGCUCUCAUCAUUCAUCUGUUCCCAGCGGUGUGCAAAAUGGGAAUGCAUUGUUAUUUAAAUUUUUUAAUAGAGUGUCUAAUGCUUGUCUAAGUGGUGUUACAUCAGUACUGUACAUGUGUGAAAGUGCAAAUUAUUUGAUAUUCUUAAAAAGAGAGAGAAAUUAUAUAAAUGUAUCUAUUCACUUAUGUCUCAUUGACUUCUGACUUAAGAUCUUGGCUUGUUGAUAAGCAAGGAUUCAGCCACUGUAUAGUUGAAUUUUUACUCAAAUUUUAAGAAACAUCUUAUGCUUAAAGGUGAAGUGUGUAAUUUUUCAAUGUUAAAAUACUUCCUUCAAUCCCAGUUUAGUGUACAGAGAGAUGAUAAGCCAUUCAUAGGUUUGCCUCCCAAUGGGCCAUGUUUAAAGUAAUGUUCCGGGUUCAAUACAAGUUUAGCUCAAUCGACAGCAUUUGUAGCAUAAUAUUGAUUACCGAAAAAAAGCUAACAUCUGGCUUAAUGGAAGUGAAUGGGGGCCAUUUUUUAUGUUAAAAUACUCACUGUUUCAAAAGUAUAGCCAUAAGACAUAAAGGAUAUGAGUAUUUUAGUAUGAUAACACCUCACUUUCAUUGUCCCCAUUCACUUCCAUUGUAAGUGCCUCACUGUAACCUCGAUUUUUUUAAAAGGAGGGACGAGUCAGAAUAUAUUUUUGUGGUAAUCAGCAUUAUGCCACAAAUUCUGUUGAUUGAGCUUAACUUGUAUUGAACCUGGAACAUUCCUUUAAUAAAACGCGUUGAACGAAUCUGUGAAGUUCUUCAUAUAACCAUUCUUACGUAACUUGUUGCAUUCAAUUAAAUAUUUACAUUAGAAUGGAUUUAUGAACAACUUACACAGAAAUGUAUAAGUCUUUGGGGCGGGGCUCAUUUCUAUGCGUGGAUACCUGUUUGAAAACGGUAAUUAUUUUAUCAUUUUCGCUUUUUAAUGGUGCCGAAAUGACACACUUCACAUUUAAGGUGAUCAGUGCAGUAGGCGGAUCAAACCUCUGUCACAAGUACAUGAACAUACCUCUUUAUUUCACAUUGCUUACAAUUUCAUAUGUCACAUUAAAAAGAUAUUUAUUACAUCUUGACAAACAUCUUAUUACAUUACAUCACUCAGACAUCUCUUAUGUGCUAUAGCUAUUUUGUUAGGAAUGACAAUGUAAAGUAUUUUGUAAUGAACAGAUGUUCUCAAAGUAUUGUAAAUAACCUUAAGUAAAAAAAAAAAAAAAAAAAAAAUCAAAGUGGAUCAAGUCUUGGUGUGGUGUUGAGUGGCACUGUAAAUUCUCAAGUGAAAAUAUGGAGAGUUUGUGAAGGGCUGUACUAGUCUGAGUGUGUGGUUUGGUUUCAGCUCUAAAUGAAAUUUUUUUGCCUUUCAGAGAAUCUCAUGCCAGAUUGUCAUUAUCUGUGCUGGAAUGUUUUGUUGAGCAACUGUUGCACAAUUUAUUUAAAGCACCCUUGAUCUCUCCAGUGGGAGAGGACCUCUGUGCCUUAGCUGUUGUCCUGGAUCUCCCAACCUUCUGUCUGUAAACAUCAAACAUGUCAUCUCUGUAUCUUUUCAUUUCUCCACAAAACCAAAAAACUGCUGUUGUAAAUGUCUUCUGUAUAAAUGUUCCUUUGGUUUUGUUCUUCUUUUCUUCAUAUGGAAUCGUUGAAUAAAAUCUCCUUUGUCAUCUCAUUUCUGCUCAUCAGAUAAGGUGGUUGAAUAUCACAUCACAAACACGAUACUGCCCUACAAAGCUAAAAAAACAGUAACUACAAUGGAAGGGAAAUCGAAAGAAAUGUAACCAUUCUGGUUCCUUUACAGUUCCAUUAAUGAUUAUUUUAGUACUUUUGAGAAACA